AUACAAAUCUGAAAAGACGCGCAGUCUGGGAGUCUGACUCACUGGCUUGGCCCUUGGGGAUUUGGAAUUGGUGAUAAAGCUAGAUCCAAAGGGCAUAGCUAUGUCUUUCAUCGGUACCCAACAGAAGUGCAAGGCAUGCGAGAAAACGGUCUAUCCCGUGGAUCAGCUAACCGCUGAUGGCGUUGCUUACCACAAAGCUUGCUUCAGGUGCUCUCAUUGCAAAGGAACAUUAAAGCUAAGCAGCUAUUCCUCAAUGGAGGGUGUUCUCUACUGUAAGCCUCAUUAUGAGCAGCUCUUCAAGGAGACAGGCAGUUUCAACAAGAACUUUCAGUCACCUGCAAAGCUUGCUGAUAAGACGACUCCUGAGCUGACAAGGUCCCCUAGUAAGGCUGCCAGCAUGUUCUCUGGGACACAAGAGAAAUGCGCUACAUGCGGUAAAACUGCUUAUCCAUUGGAGAAGGUAACAGUGGAGGGUCAAGCCUAUCACAAAUCAUGUUUCAAGUGUUCACAUGGUGGCUGUCCCAUAUCACCGUCAAAUUAUGCAGCUCUUGAGGGCAUUUUGUAUUGCAAACACCACUUCUCUCAGCUUUUUAAGGAGAAAGGAAGUUAUAGUCAUCUAAUCAAGUCUGCAUCAAUGAAACGAGCAACCACCCCUGUUCCAGAAUCCUAAAUCUUGCUGCCUGAUAUUUUAUUUUUUGUCCAUUGCAAGUGUUUGUAUGCGUGCUUUUUUCCUGUUCUGGUUCUAUAAUGAUGGCCUUAUACUCGGCCUUUUACAUCUUUCUAUGUGUGGUGUGCAAAUGAUUAUCAAUUGUGCAUUCAGUUAAAUAGUGUGGCUUGCAAGAUGUGUCUUUCAGAGGGGUGGCAUGGCCUCUCGUCCAUUUUGUACUUGAAUUGAUAGUGAAGGAAUCUUUAUUGGUUCCGUUUUUAAUGGCUUCACUCAUGCAACGUUAUAAUCUCUUGCAAA